AUGCCCACCGACCAGGAACUCAAGUGGAAGAUCCCCGAGAAGCGCGACUUCCUCGGCGGCGACCUGGUGGCCCAGAGCCUGGCCCAGCUGGGUGUCGAGGUCUCGUUCGGCCUGCACGGCGGCCACCUCGACGCCUUUCUGAUCGGCUGUCGUCUGGCCGGGAUCAGGCUCAUCGACAGUCGCCACGAGACCACCGCCGUCCAGGCCGCCGAGGGAUAUGCCAAACUCUCGGGCAAGGUGGGAUGCUGCUUUGUGACGGCGAACAGCGGCUUCUGUAAUUCGAUCCCCGGCCUCGCCACCGCCUUCGCCGACCGCUCGCCCAUCUUCAUGGUCACGUCAUCACCGCCGCUCCGCGAGGCCGAGACGAACAGUCUCCAAGGCUUCCACGACCAGGUGGUGCUGGCCAAGCCCGUCACCAAGUUCGCCCACCGCGUCACCACCGUCGAGGAGAUCCCGCGCAUCGUCAGCUACGCGUUCAAGACGGCCAUGUCCGGCCAACCAGGCCCCGUCGUGCUCGACUUCCCCAUCGACAUCCUCUUCCCCCCGCCGCGGAUGAACGCCCUGAGCUUUGGCUCCGUCAUGCGGCCCACGGCCGUGUCCCCGGGCCCCGACCCGGCCGCCGUCGACGAGCUGAUCGCCCUCUGGAAGGGCGCCAGCCGGCCGGCCAUCGUCGUCGGCACCGGCGCCGCGCGCACCACGAACCGCGACUCCCCCAAGACCAGCCCCCUGCUCCAGCUCGCCGAGGCCACCCACACGCCCGUCUUCUACUCGCAGAAGUACACCCCGGCCCUCCCCUUCGACCACCCGCUGCGGGCUGGCAGCUCCGGCGUGCUGGCCAAGGUGCGCUUCGUCAAGCACCAGCAGGCCGACUUUGUGCUGCUGCUGGGCGCGCGGACGGGGUUCUUGCUGGGGGGCCGCUCCGGUGCCAUCGUCCCCAACUCCGACUGCAAGCUGGUGCAGGUCGACCUGGACGGCGGCGAGAUCGGCAGGUCGCACGCCGUGGACCUCGGCAUCGUGUCAGACGCGAACAAGCUCAUCAGCGCGGUGCUGGACAAGCUCCAGACACCCCAAAAUGACCUCGGUCAGAACAAGCACGAGGCUUGGCUCCAGGCCAUCCACGAGACCAAGGCCAUGCCGACACAGUACACGGGCGACGCGGUCGUGCGGCCCGACGGCCGCCUCCACCCGUACUUCGCAAUGCAGACGGUGAUGGAGUCGCUGCCGCCGGACGCGAUCGUGAUCAUGGACGGAGGCGAGGCCGGCGUGUGGGCGAUGGAGCACCUCGAGCGGGCGCGGCCGGCCACGGCCAUGGUGGCGACGGGCUACCUGGGCUUCCUGGGCAACGGCUGGGGAUACUCGCUGGGGGCGGCGCUGGCGUGCCCGGACCGGCUGGUGGUCAACCUGCACGGCGACGGCAGCGCCGGGUUCCACAUCCAGGAGCUGGACACGUACGCGCGGCACGACCUGCACGUGCUCACCGUCGUCUUCAACAACUACUUCUGGGGCAUGUCGGUGGCCGGCCAGGACCUGCUGUACGCGGACCAGGACCCCACGCGCGCCGUGUCCAGCCUGUCGCCCAGCUGCCGCUACGACCUAGUGGCGCAGGGGUUCAACUGCGGCGGGGCCAUUGCGCAGGCGUCGCUGGACGAGAUCCGCCACGGCAUCGGGUCCCUCCUGGCGGCGACGGCGGACAAGAAGCGGCCCGCCCUCCUCAACUGCAUCGUCUCCCGCGACCCCGUCACCGAGGUCACCAAGAGCAUGGUCGGCAAGACCGACGACAAGAACUGGAUCGUCGUCCCGUACUACGACAACGUGCCGCGGCCGUUCUAUCACGAGCAGGGGGCGGCAAAGAACGGUGUGGCGAACGGGCAUUGA